GAUAAGACAUCAACAAACCGACAAAAUACUUUGUAAUUUGAAUAAUAAGUUUUGUUAGGACAAAACAACAAAUAAUUAUUAGAUUUGAUCACUUUUUUGCGAAACUUUUAAGUCCGUUAUAUCUUCAUUCAUAAAUCAUAAGUGUCUUGUGAAUGUAACAUAACUUCAUAAAUCCAUUGUUUCUUCUUGCUUUUAUAAAAAAUGCGCUAUGCACAACUAGUUGUGGGUCCGGCGGGAAGUGGAAAAUCUACAUAUUGUUCAACAAUAUUAAAACAUGCUGCUGCCACGAAGAGAAUCGUCGAAGUAGUAAAUUUAGAUCCAGCGGCUGAACACUUUGAUUAUGAACCUUUGGUAGACAUAAGGGAGUUAAUACACCUUGACGAUGCCAUGGAGGAUGAAGAACUGCAAUUCGGGCCUAAUGGGGGUCUUGUUUUUUGUAUAGAAACCCUUCUGGAGAACUUAGAUUGGUUGGAAGAGCAGCUUGGUGAUGUAGAUGAUGACUACAUCCUGUUCGACUGUCCAGGCCAGAUAGAACUAUAUACACAUUUACCUGUGAUGAGAAAGCUCGUAGACACCCUGGAGAAGUGGAACUUCAGAAUAUGUGUUGUGUUCAUGAUUGACUCGCAAUUCAUGGUUGAUGGUGCAAAGUUUUUGUCAGGUACAAUGGCUGCUCUCAGUGUGAUGGUGAAUUUGGAAUUGCCUCAUGUAAACAUAUUAACCAAAAUGGAUCUACUAAGUAAAACAGCACGGAAACAGCUGGACAACUAUUUAGAUCCAGAUCCACAUAUUUUAUUAGCAGACAUGAGAAAUGCUAAGUCAAAAUGGCAUGAAAAGUAUGCUAAACUAACAGAAGCCAUUGGAGAAGUUAUUGAAAACUUUAGUUUAGUUAGAUUCUAUCCUCUCAAUAUAAAAGAUGAAGAAAGCAUAGAGAAUAUUCUACUCACAAUAGACAACAUCAUACAGUAUGGCGAAGACGCUGAUGUGAAAAUCAGAGAUUUUGAUGAACCUGAUCCUGAUGAGGAUGAAUAAAUACCAUAUUUUUAAU